AGACCGGUAAGGCAGCAGAAGUGGUGAUUUAAAGGGGGAAAUGAGGGGAAAUUGCAUCCUCGGUCUGCAAUCAGAAACUAAUACCCCCUCUUCAUCAUGUUCCCCUCCUCUUCCAAUGCAUUGAAUACAAUUAAACUAAUGACUGUAUUUCUCUAAAAUAACAACAAUUUGACAUGAGAGUUUCUCCCUCUCUGACAGCUUGGAGAGGGUGCAUUGUCAAUUAUUCCUCGGUGUUAUUUUAGUGUGGCCCGGGCUGAGGAUGGAAGGGGCGUGUGUUUGAUAAACAGGGCGUGGAUUUGGCAGUGAGAUGGGAAAGGGUAGUUGAGGGUUUCCUAUAGAACCGCUGCUGCUGCUGCUGCUGCUGCUGCCAGGGAGCCGCACGGGAGCGCACAGAAGGCACGGAGCGCUGCGGGACGUUACCGUAGUUAUUCACAGACACCUUUCAACUAAAACAUCGCUGGGACUUGGCUCAAGUUAUUUAAACAUCUACAAGUUGUGCGUUGAUGAGGAGUUGGCGAGAGAGAGAGUCAAAGGGCGAGUGCGAUAAGCCGAGGAACAUGUGGAGCUUUUUGACGCGCGGGGGCCAAGGUUUGCGCCACUUGCUGUUGUGGCACGAGCGCGGUGAUUAUUUAAAAAGCGUUCUCAGUUUUGAGUGACUUUUAAAGUAUGCAGUCCUUUGAUGUGGCAUGUUUCCUGCGUUGUGUCCCCGUGCUCAGGAUUGCGACUCAUGGGAUGUAGUAAAUGGAGAGCUGCGUUCAACUUUGGACACCUGAGGGUGCAGUCCAAGCUGUCCGUCUUCUUUACCAUGAUCCUUCUCUUCACUUACCUCUUUUACUGCCUCAACGGAUACUGUGACUCAUUGCCCAGGCCAGUAUAUGACCAACAAAGUCAUUUUCAAAACAAAAUCCUCUUAAACGAUGGACACGGAGCGUCGUCGCCGCAGCAGCAGCAGCUCGGCGCGUAUAACGCGUCUCAGGUUGUCCGGGAACAGCUGUCGGACCUGUCGAACAGCGACGCUCCAUCUAACAACAUCUCUAUAGCGAAUAAUUUCGGCAGCAAAAAGUUCCCUCAGGCCAUCAUCAUCGGGGUGAAGAAAGGUGGCACCCGGGCUCUGCUGGAGUUCCUGCGCAUCCAUCCGGACGUGAGAGCCGUCGGCUCCGAGCCGCACUUUUUUGACCGCUUCUACGAGAAGGGACUGGACUGGUACAGGAACCUGAUGCCUCGUACUCUGGAGGGUCAGAUCACCAUGGAGAAGACGCCCAGUUACUUUAUCACCAAAGAAGCCCCUCGCCGCGUCUUCUCCAUGAGCCGCCACACCAAGCUCAUCGUGGUGGUGCGUGACCCCGUGACCCGGGCUGUUUCUGAUUACACCCAGACUCUAUCCAAAUCCCCCGGGCUCCCGUCCUUCCAGAGCCUGGCCUUCCGAAAUGCCACCACAGGCCUCAUUGACACAUCUUGGAGUGCCGUGCGUAUCGGCAUCUACGCCAAGCACCUAGAGAACUGGCUGCGCUUCUUCCCGCUCUCACGCCUCCUCUUUGUCAGCGGCGAACGCCUUGUGACGGACCCAGCAGGCGAGAUGGGCCGGGUUCAGGACUUCCUGGGACUCAAACGGGUGGUAACAGACAAGCACUUCUACUUCAACCAGACCAAAGGUUUCCCCUGCCUAAAGAAGCCCGAGGGGAGCAGCAGGCCGCGUUGCCUGGGGAAGUCAAAGGGCAGGCCCCAUCCCCAGAUCUCCUCUGAGGUCCUGCAUAGACUCAGAGACUUCUACAGACCCUUCAAUCUAAAGUUUUACCAAAUGACCGGCCACAAUUUUGGUUGGGACUGAACGGCUACUCGCCAAAGUUCUUCCAAACUGUUAGUAGCAUUGUUGUUCAGCCAACUGCCAAAACCAGCCAGGUAUAUCUCGAAGAAAUUCAGUGUUACCAAAGCUUUUACUCUGCAACAUAUGCAUUUCCUUCAUUUCUUAAGCUAUGAAAGCACCUGCCUUCCUCCAGAUCGAUAACAGCCAUCCAUGCUAACACAGUUUGUGAGAGCUUCAAUCCAUUUGAGUCACUUUAGCAAACAAUGCUAAAAUAAAGCUUGUGAAAAGCGCUGGUUGCUGCAGCAAUGUGAUGGGCGCAAGCCGGAUUGAAGCAUACUUGCACUUGGCACCCCCGAGUGCCAGAAGUAUGCUAAGCUCUCAUUGCUGUCCAGAACACUUAACAGCACAGCCUCUAUGUUGAAAAUUACACCAGAAAUAUGCCAACACUGCAAAGAGAUGCCUAAAGUUAAACCAAAUGGCAAAAGAGUAACAAGCCUCGACAGCCUGGCAAAGCUAAGAUAAACCAAAUGACAUAUUGGAGCUUUGAGAGUGACACGACACGGGAGCUCUGCUAAAAAAAACAACAACACAGACUGCAAGGAAAGAAGCAAAGGGUUUUGAAUUAUGCACAAUGGCACAAUCAAAAUAAAUGUAAAAGUGGGAUUUUGAGACAAAUAAAUUGUUCACAAUCAUUUAAUUUCCAUCAGCGUUGUACAGUUCGCCUCUGUCAUGUUUACCGUGUAUGCAGUUAUUUUUUCUUCAGUUCUUUUAAUGCAAGCUCCUUUUCUGGGCUAUCUUUAAUAAAAAAUGAAAAUGUAGCAUAUGCAGGAGGAUACCUGGUACUGGUGAAAAAAGAAAUGUAAAAUACAGUCCACUAUGUGCUGUAAAUUUGCUGUUAUUUAUGUUGCCAAUACAACGCUUGUAUAAAAUGUUCUCUACAGACGACACCUGUA